AUGUUUGCGGUUCCGGCAUUUGCAUCCCUUUCAUCCGCAUCGCUCAAGUCUAGCUUCGGCAAGGCUCCCGGAAAGCCCUCAAGCUUAAGCACACCCGCGGGUCUCAACGAUACAAUCGCAUCUUCCAAGUCGAGGAAGAGGAAGAGGUCGCAACCCGCUGAAACCGAUGCGGUGACAGAUAUAUCGCCGGAGAACAUUGGUGAACUAUGGAGUAAAGUCGUAGAAGGAAAGGGUGAUUCCUCACGAAAGACAAAUGGCGAUUCGACCGUACCCGCAUCAGCUAAGGAGGCCGAAGGUAAAAAGAGCAGCAAAGACAAGAAAAAGAGGAAGAGGAAACACGACGACGAAGAAUCGGCCCUUAAGAAGGAAAUUCAUCACGAGAAUGAACGUUCGGAAACAGUUUCAAAUGGCGAGUCUGGUUUGAUAAAACAAUCAACCGGUCCACAAAGUAGCAUUAGUGGAGUCGCCGAUGCCCGCAUAAGCAUCAACUCCAAGCGAAAUGACGACAACGAAACCGGGAGACGAGACGAGAAAACCAAACACAAGAAAGACAAAAAGCAGAACAAGAAAGAAAGGCAAACACAAGAUGAAGACCCUUUCACUGCGGCUUUGUCUGCUGCUGGAGACCCCGAUCCUACUAUUGAUGUACCUGUGAAGGCACCAACGUUGACACCCCUCCAGGAGAAGAUGCGGCAGAAGCUUUCAGGUGCCAGAUUCAGGCACCUUAACCAGUUGCUAUAUACCACACCUUCCCAAGAUUCUUUAAGCCUUUUCAAGAGUCAGCCCGAGAUGUUCCGGGACUACCAUUCUGGAUUCAGACAACAAGUUGAGUCUUGGCCGGAGAACCCCGUAGAUAUCUAUAUCAGGCGGCUUUUCGCGCGAGGCAAGCUACGAGACUCUGGGUUUAGAGGAGGUAAAAAUAGGGCAAAUGGAAUCUCUUCGGUCAAUGCCAACCCACUAGGCGUCAAGGGGUUUCAAGAUACGAUGGACUCCUAUCCUCUACCCAGGGCGAAGGAUGGAUAUGCCUCAGUAAUAGACCUAGGUUGUGGAGAAGCAGCUCUAGCGAAAGCGAUUACUAGCGCAAAACCUCGUCCGAAGAUCAAGGUUAAUUCCUAUGAUCUUCAUGCCCCGAACCCGCUGGUCACGGUAGCUGACAUCGCCAACCUGCCUCUACCGAACGGUUCUGUUGACAUCGCUAUAUUUUGCCUGGCAUUGAUGGGGACCAAUUGGCCAACAAUGAUUGAAGAGGCUAUCAGGGUUCUACGGAAUGGUGGGGAAGUCUGGAUCGCAGAGAUCAAGAGUCGAUUCGCCCGAACAAAGACAGGACAAAAGGAGGAACCCAAAGAGCAGAAGAAAGGUAAAGGGAAGAAGAAUGCCGCGAAGGACAUCAAGGACAAUACAAAUCCAGUCGAGGCAUUCGUUGAAGAGCAAGAUGACAACCAAGACCAAAACAGAUGGGCUGCUGGCGAGCAAGAUUUCAUCGAUGCACUAGCCCGGCGUGGUCUCAGAUUGAAGAACAGGAACGGAUCCAAUAAGAUGUUUGUCUUAUUAGAUUUCGAAAAGGCCGGUGGGAGGGGAGGUCAGAUGUUCCAGAUACCACCCAAGCCGGAUAUGCAUGGGCGUAUCAGCAAGAAGUUUCACACGAAUGAUGAGCCGGAGGUUGAGGAAGCCAAGAUCCUUCAACCAUGCUUCUACAAAAUCAGAUAG